AUGGCUCCGUCCGAUAGAGUGUUUAAAGCCCUCUGUCAAGACUGUGGGAUUUUGAAAACCAGACCUUCCUACAUUCAUAGAGGCUCGCGCCGCGGCUUCAGCGUGGAAACAGGAAGCAAUGCAAACCUCGGAGUCAUCGUUGGAAACAUCGCGAGACUACCCAACAACAGACCAGGGGACUACUCCGUGCUUAAUGAAGCAUGCCCCCCUGGCUAUAAAUACAUGGAGAAGGCCCGCAGCUCGGGUCGUGGUGGUGGACUAGCCGUCAUGCACCGGGCUGAGCUAAAACUGUCUCCUCUGCCAAUGCCUGAUCUUUCCUCUAUGGAAUGCCUGGCUUUCAAAUGCAAAUCUCCAUAUUCCAUGACAUUUGCAGCAGAUUUCCUGAGUGUGCUUGAGUGUCUUGGGCUGCAGCAGCAUGUUGAGGUUCCUACUCACACCAAGGGGCACACUCUGGAUCUGGUUAUCACUGACUCUGCUUCCAUCAGUAACCUACAGGUCUAUGAUCUUGGCAAUCCUCAAAAAAUGAAAUCCUGUACCUGUACUCUGGACCCGAUUCCCACUGCUCUGCUCAAGGCACAUAUCCCCACUCUCAGUCCUUUCAUCACCAAGGUUGUUAACCUUUCCCUUCAGUCUGGCUGUGUCCCACCUACUCUCAAGGUUGCUGUCAUCCGUCCCCUUCUCAAGAAACCCACCCUGGACCCGGAGGUUCUAGCCAAUUACAGGCCUAUCUCCAACCUUGCCUUCCUGUCCAAGGUGUUCGAGAAGGUAGUCGCUUCUCAACUUCAGGACCACCUCAAACAUAACAGCUUGUUUGAAAAGUUUCAGUCAGGAUUUCGUUCAGCCCACAGCACUGAAACGGCUUUGCUCAAGGUUACAAAUGACCUGCUGAUGACAGCCGAUGCAGGAUCACCCUCACUCCUCAUCCUCCUUGACCUGACAGCUGCAUUUGACACAGUGGAUCACACUCUCCUCCUAGAGCGCCUCUACAAAGCUGUUGGACUAUCAGACUCUGCACUCAAGUGGUUUCAGUCCUACCUCUCUGGCAGAACUGAAUAUGUCUCACUGGGAAGAUGCAAGUCCAGACUGCUCCCUGUCUCCUGUGGUGUUCCGCAAGGGUCGGUCCUCGGCCCCAUCCUCUUCAUUAUUUACAUGCUCCCCCUCGGUCGUGUCAUCAGCAAACAUAGGAUGUCCUUCCACUGUUAUGCUGACAACACACAGCUUUACAUCAAAACUGCCCCAAACCCCUCUGCAGCCAUUUCAUGUCUCACCGCCUGUCUUGGGGAGAUUAAGACAUGGAUGAGCAGCAACUUUCUCAAGUUAAACAGUAGCAAAACUGAAGCCCUCCUUGUUGGAACUCCACACCAGGUUCAGUCAUCCGCCAUAACUCAACUCACCUUCGACGGUCAGGUCAUACCCCUCUCCUCCACAGUCACUAAUCUGGGAGUUAGGUUUGAUUCUCACCUGACCUUUAAUGACCAUAUAAAAAACCUGUGCAAAACCUCCUUCUACCAUCUCAAAAACAUCUCCAAACUCCGCCCCACUUUAACCCUGUCAGAUGCAGAGAAGCUCGUCCACGCAUUCAUCUCCUCUAGACUGGACUACUGCAGUUCCCUUUUCACUGGGAUCACUGGCAAGAACAUCCAAAAACUGCAAUUCAUUCAAAACAGCGCUGCCAGGAUCCUGAUGAGAGUCCGUAAAUAUGAGCACAUAACACCAAUUCUCCACUCACUCCACUGGCUCCUUGUCUCAACCCGGAUUGAAUACAAAGUCCUACUCCUCACCUAUAUCUGCAUAAAUGGACAUGCACCUCCCUACCUACAAGAACUCAUCACUCCCCAAACCUCCACCCGCACCCUCAGAUCUACAAGUAGCUCGCUCCUUCGGGUUCCCAACACCAAGCUCCGCACCAUGGGCGACCGGGCCUUUUGCUCAGCAGCGCCCCGCUUAUGGAAUGGUCUCCCUGACCACCUGAGGGCAACACAGACCCUGGACUCUUUUAAGACUGGCCUAAAAACCUUUUUAUUCAAGAAGGUGGAAAAGCUGGAGAGGCUGGUCAGCUCAUAUGCAAGGAAGUGGCUUGGGCUUCCCAGGUGCCUCAGCAGUAUAGGGCUGUAUGGCAAAGGAGUAGUGGAACUGCCCAUUUCCAGUCUAGCAGAGGAGUAUAAAUGCGCCAAAGUUAGACUGGAGAUGAUGCUAUUGGAUUCGAGUGAUCCAUUUGUAGCCCAAGCUGCACCCAUCCUGGCUACUGGGAGGAAGUGGACCCCACUGGAAGCAACCAAGCAGGCAAAGGCAGCACUCAAGCAUAGGGACAUCAGACGCAAGCUGGUGGUCCAGGAGGUACGUCAGCAAGAGGAGGCAGCAAGGUGCGCAAAAGCUGUUUCACAGGCAAGGCAGGGGCAGUGGAUGACUUGGGAGGGAGUGGAGAAGAGGAAGAUCUCCUGGCAGGAGCUGUGGGAGAUGGAGGCAUUUAAGGCUAGCUUCACCAUCAGGGCCGCUUAUGAUGUACUGCCGUCUCCCAAGAAUCUUAACCAGUGGUACGGAGAAGACCCGACAUGCUCCCUCCGCCCGACUCCAGCUACACUAAAGCACAUCCUGGUGGGCUGCAAGACCGGCCUCACUCAAGGCCGGUACACCUGUCGGCACAACCAGGUGCUACAGUGUCUUGCGGCAGUGCUGGAGAGUCGACGGAUGAGUGUCAAUGCCCUUCCUCCACCAUCUCGUAGGCCGGCAACAACAUUUGUCCGGGAGGGCGGGGGCCAAGCCACUCUCACCACCACAAGACCAGAAACUGGACAGCUAGGUGGGGCACGGAACUGGAAGAUGCUGGCAGACCUAGGCCAGAAGCUCCGAUUUCCAGCAGAAAUAGCAACUUCAAAUCUGCGACCAGACCUUGUGCUUUGGUCGGCCUCACUCAAGCAGGUCUAUAUCGUCGAGCUCACGGUGCCCUGGGAGAGUGCGAGGAGGAGGCCUACGAGCGCAAGAAGCUAA